AAGUGCUGGCGCCGUCCGGGAAUUUUAAAUCCUUGGCUGCCUCCGGGACGCCGUUGCUCUCGCCUCAGAUGCGAUAGGCGGCUGUGGGGUUUUGUGGCUGCUGUGAUUUUAACCUGGUGCCUAAAGGAGAAAGUCUUGCCUCUCAGCAUGGCUAUGGAUGAUUAUGAGGAGCUACUCAAGUAUUAUGAACUACACGAAACUGUUGGUACAGGUGGUUUUGCAAAGGUUAAACUGGCUCGUCACCUACUUACCGGAGAAAAGGUUGCAAUAAAAAUAAUGGACAAGCUGUCUCUGGGGGAUGAUUUGCCUCGAGUCAAAACAGAAAUUGACGCCAUGAAGAGCUUAAGCCACCAGAACAUUUGUCGGUUAUACCAGGUGAUUGAGACACCAAAGAAGAUAUUCAUGAUUCUAGAGUACUGCCCUGGCGGUGAGCUCUUUGAUUACAUCAUUGCUAAGGAUCGCUUAGCAGAAGAGGAAGCGCGCAUCUUUUUCCGCCAGAUUGUAGCUGCCAUUGCAUACGUACACAGUCAAGGGUAUGCUCACAGGGAUCUUAAGCCAGAAAACUUGCUGAUUGAUGCUGAGCAUAACCUGAAGCUGAUCGACUUUGGUCUCUGUGCAAAACCAUUGGGUGGUCUGGAUUACCAUCUAAGUACUUGCUGUGGAAGUCCAGCCUAUGCAGCACCAGAGUUGAUUCAGGGCAAAGCUUACAUUGGCUCAGAGGCUGACAUUUGGAGCAUGGGGGUGCUUUUGUUUGCUCUGCUCUGUGGAUUUCUACCAUUUGACGAUGAUAAUGUGAUGGCGCUCUACAAGAAAAUAGUGAGGGGGAAAUAUGAGACACCAAAAUGGCUCUCACCUGCCAGUGAACUACUGCUGCACCAGAUGCUGCAGGUGGACCCAAAGAAACGGAUUAUGGUUAAGCAUCUCUUAAGUCACCCGUGGCUCAUGCACGGCUACUCAUUUGCUGUCCAGUGGCAAAGUAAAUACCCUCUUGGACGUCUUGAUGAAGACUGCAUAACAGAACUCUCGGUGUAUCACAAAUGUAGCAGAGAAAGUAUGGCAGAGAUGAUUUCAGAGUGGAAAUAUGAUCAUGUGACUGCAACAUACCUUUUGCUUCAAUCAAAGAAAGCACAUGGUAAACCUGUUCGUCUAAGGAUUCCAAACGUAAUGGCAGAAGGUGCUAGCAUCACUCCAUCCAGAGAACAGAAGGUUUUCAAAAAGGCCCUGUCUUACGAUGGGAAUCUAGAUGGGAAUGAAAUGGCAUGUGGGUUUGGAUCCAUGGAAUUCCUAGCCUGUUGUGAGGAAUCUCAGCCUGUUUGCAAUACACCCAAAACAAAGCAGCCUCAGUUGUUCCUGGAUGGUGGAGAGUUCACAUCACCUCUGCUUCCUGUGCCAAGGAGAAGAGCCUCAAAGAAGUAUGCCAACAAAGAAAACUCUGGUGCUUGUUCUACAGCAAAGCCAGAGCCAUUUGUUCUUCCUCCUCCAAAGACACCAAGAGAGAAGAGAGUGCUUACAACGCCAAAUCGUGCAUUUCUACCUGAAGAGAGAAGUCAAGCAGCCACCAGUGAGACCCCAGUUAAGCUACCAUCUUCUACAAAACCGGGUGAAUUAGAAGCCGGAGUCAUUAGCCCUGAGAGAAGGUGUCGCUCAGUGGAAGUGGACUUGAACCAAGCUCAUUUUGAAAGUGGUCAGAAGAGAAAAGGAACCAAGGUUUUUGGGAGCCUUGAAAGAGGCUUGGAUAAAGUUAUUACAAUGCUUACACCAAACAAAAAGAGAGGCUCAACCAAAGAUGGUCCAAGGAAAUUAAAGGCUCAUUACAACGUGACUACAACAAACUUAUUAAAUCCAGAUGAGCUGUUGAAGGAAAUAAUUGCAAUCCUUCCCAAAAAACAAGUUGAAUUUGUACAGAAGGGCUAUAAACUGAAGUGCCAGACCCAGUCAGACUUUGGCAAAGUGACAAUGCAGUUUGAGCUGGAAGUUUGCCAACUAAGCAAACCUGAAGGAGUGGGCAUUCGGAGGCAGCGGCUGAAGGGAGACGCAUGGGUCUACAAAAGACUAGUGGAAGAUAUCCUAUGUAGCUGCAAGCUAUAACUCUUGGUUCACUGUGAGAACAUGGACAGCUUUAACCAACCAAAGCCAUGUUCGUUUUAGUUGUUAGUAAGCUUGCCUAAUCCAACCCAAGGACUAGUAUUUUUUUGUUUUUAAAUAGGACCUCCUUUGUGAAUAAACAUUGACCUCCCAUGUCAUU